ACGUGAACGCGACCUGCCCAAUCGGGCGAGUCCGAACGCCGAGCGAAAGACGAAGUCGCUGAACCCCGUGGGGCUCACCAGGGGCUUACUCUACCAAGGCUCUACUCUACUGACCGCCCUCCGAGCCUCUCAACACCGCUCUAUCUACGUACUACUCUACGCUACAGCUCGCAGCCGCAAACGAGAACGCGACACCCACGUCGCAUGAACUAGGUCGUGCUCGGAUGAGUUCAGCUGGUGCGCGUGCGCCCGACACACAACAACCCAGCCAGAACAAGCAGAGCCUGCACUACAUCGUACGCUCCGGCAUUGCGGGCGGGACGGCUGGCUGUGUCGCGAAGACAGUAGUCGCACCGCUCGACCGAGUGAAGAUCCUCUUCCAAGCCUCGAACCCCGAGUUUCAAAAAUAUGCUGGGACAUGGAGCGGUGCCUUCCGCGCCGCGUCGCAGAUCUACGCGGACAACGGUGUCCGCGGCCUGCUGCAGGGGCACUCUGCGACCCUACUCCGCAUAUUUCCGUACGCAGCCAUCAAGUUCAUCGCCUAUGACCAGGUCGAGCAUAUCCUGAUGCCUACACGAGAAUCACAGACGAAUGGACGGCGCUUCGCUGCAGGCGCGAUCUCCGGGAUGAUCUCCGUAUUCUUCACCUACCCCCUCGAGCUCAUCCGCGUCCGGAUGGCCUUCAGCACACGCGCGCAAUCCACCCAAGUACCCCACACCUUCCACCCCUCACACUCCCCUCCCCCGCACCGCCCGUCCUUCCUCGCCGCCAUGUCCCAAAUCUACCACGAAGGCGCGAGCGUCCCCCCGCCGUCCGCCUCGUCCGCGUCCCCCCUCGCGCCCGUCUCCGCGAACAGCAUCUUCGCCCGCCUGCCCGCCGUCAAGUUCUACCGCGGGUUCACCGUCACGCUCGUCGGGAUCAUCCCGUACGCCGGCACGUCCUUCCUCACCUGGGGCUUCCUCAGGUCCUCACUCGUCCCCCCGCCCGACGCGUCCCGCCCUGCGUCGGAUCGCCGGCCGAGCCCGCUCGCGGACCUGACGUUCGGCGCGGUGGCGGGCGCGGUGUCGCAGACGGUGUCGUACCCGUUCGAGGUGGUGCGGCGGCGGAUGCAGGUCGGGGGGCUGACGCACCCGGAGCGGUGGAUGCGGUGGGGUGAGACGGUGCGGAGCAUCUGGGCGACGCGCGGCUGGAAGGGGUUCUACGUCGGCCUGAGCAUCGGGUACUUGAAGAUCGUGCCGAUGACGGCGGUGAGCUUUACGGUGUGGCAGUGGGGGAAGCGCGUGCUGGGCGUGUAGGGCGAGAGGAGGCACAUUGUAUUGUUAUGCUGCAUACUGGCAUCUGUGUUUGGAAUGGGCUUGCAUACAAGCCAUCCACUUCGCCAUCGAGCGUCAGUACUCUCAUGACUUCAGCAGCCUGAGGCAUCUGUUGGGCGUCAAUCUGCUCUGCCUGCGCCGGCCAGCGACCCGCCUCUGACUUUGCACUCACUGUGUCUAAACAUCCAUAGGUGGUCUGCACAGCUACUCGACAUGUCUUACGAAUAUCUUGGGAACAUGCUCAUUGACAACGUCGUUACGGCAGAC